AACCCGGGACGGACCGUACCGCGGACAGCUGACAGACAGCGGACAGCCACGGCCGGCGGACAGCCGGCUGGCGUCCGGACCGCGGACGGCAACUGCGCCCACGUCCACCCGAGACCUGCGAGCUGCCGCAAGACUGCCCCGGACGGCCCCGACCCCUGAAUCUCUGAGCACUCCACUUGCCCCCCACCCACCACAUUCACCCUGAGACUGACAGACCUAGAAGGACAGACGUGCCCUCGUGCAAACAGGCGGACCCACAGAGCGCCCCUCCGAGCUCACAGCUCCCGCUUCAGCCCUAGCCCCGGACCGCAGAAGCCCGCAGAAGCCCCGCACAGCCCCAGCCUGCCAUGGGCUGGCUCCUACCCGUCACCCUCGGUUGCAUCAGCCUCCUCAGCCUCCUGCUCCCGGGCACGCUGUCCCGGCGCCUGGGACCUCACCCGCUGCUGGCCCGGCCCAGGGAGCCCCCAGACCGGCUAGCCGCCCAAGACCUCGAAUCCCAGGCUGUGAUGAAUGUGGGGCUGGUGGCUCUUGCGGGUCAGCCAGGCCCCCGCCUGGAGCCCCUUGUGGGGCACCACCCUCGACACCCACCCCAUCAUCGCCAUCAUCAUGGAAAGCUGCAGGGCCGCAGGGCCAGGGGCAAGAGCAGGGGCAGUGGCCGGGGCCGCAGGCAUGCCCGGCGCCACCACGCCCAGCUCAUGAGAAUGGGCUGUGUCCUAAGCACCUGCCAGGUACAGAACCUCAGCCAUCGCCUGAGGCAGCUCAUGGGCCAGUCAGGGAGGCAGGACUCAGCCCCCAUGAACCCCAAGAGUCCCCACAGUUACGGCUGAGCAGCCACCCCUUGCCCUACAGCCCCACCGAGACCCCCGAGCUCACCACAGGGACCCCCAUGGCUGGGGCCUACUUUCUGUGUGACUCUGGACCAGUCACUCGCCCUCUGAGGCUAAGCUUCCUCAUGCAUCAACAUGGGGAUGGUCAUUAAUCCUGACACAAUUCACCUCAUCGGGGUGUUGGAGGAAGUGCUUUGGAAAUCUUAAAACCCAAGAGAAAUGGGACCUUUUCGUUACUGUUAUUUGUUAGUAGCAUUGUCUGGGCACCCAUGCCCUAACCCGUACCAGACCAUGGUCUCCUCCCGCACGUCACCCUCUGACCGGGGGCCUUAAGAGUCUGAGUUCAGGCCUCAUUGUACAGAUGGGAAGACUGAGGCCCAGGCUCCAUGACCUUUGGGGAGACGCUAAUGGCCUUCUAACGGGACUUGGGGAGGGAGAUAUUCAGGAGAUCCUAUCCUGGAGGAAGAUGAUCAGGGUCUCCUCACUCUGGGGAGAUACCCCUUAACCCCCAAGAAGACUCCCAGGCUCCCCUGCCCUUGAAAGCUAACAGCUCCUUCACGACUCAAGGAAUAACUGGAGCGAAGGUGAUGAGGCAUUGUUACCUCCCCUAAGCUUGGGGAGACGUCCAGAACCCUUCCAAUCUGGGGCAUACGUGCCAAGGGCCCAUCUAACCGUGGAAGAAAUAUCCAGGCCUCCCUAAUUCUAGGGAAGAUGCCCAGGCCCCCUCAAAUACCCAAAGCCCUUUAACUCUGAGGGAGAUACUCAGGGUCCCCCUAAACCCAGGAUGCUACUUGGGGGGAUGCCUAGGACCCCCUUGAUUCCAGGAAGAUGGCCAGGGACUCCCUCAUCUCCCUGGGGGUAAGGAGAAGAUGCCUAGGGAGCUCUCAGAACUAAGGGCCUUGCCCAAUGACUUCUGGAGCCCAAAGGGUCUCACAGGCCCUUGAUUAACAUUCCCAGAUACUUCCAGGUCCUUCCUGCCUAGUUGGGGGCAUGGGUGGGGAACGGGACUCCUAGAGUCAGCUGGGGAGGCAUAACUUAUUCUUUGUAGAUGUAUACCUGUUCAACUAAAGCUAGCUUUGUGCAUUCA